UGUAAUGAUCAUUAUGUUUCGUAAAUUUUGAUUGGUCUAAAACAAUAAGGUUCAUGGAAACGGAAGUAAAUAAAUAUGGUGGACGAGAUGGAAAGAAAUUGACAACAACAACAAAAUAGACUACUGUAAAGUUUAAACAUAAUCUUAAAUAUCAUAAACAAUAACCAUGGAAAACGAUCCAGAUGUAUAUGCCGAACAGGCAAAAAAACUUGUAGAUGAUGUUAUCGAAACAGCUAUAAAAAGACUUGAAACAAAUGUAUCUAUAAUGUCAGAGAAGGAAAGGACUUUUGAAUCUCUGAAAUUUAGUGAGAUGUCUAGAGAAUCAACAUUAAUUAGAGAAGAUGAUUAUGUUAUUGAUAACAUUGUCUGGUUGUCCAUUGGUGACUUCACUGUACAGCUUGCUGAAAAGAAGAUUGAUGAAUUUGUUCAGACAUGGAAAUAUGACAAUAGUUGGUUAUACUGCAUUGACUAUCUGGGUCAAGACGAGCAUGAGUUUGAUAUACGACACAGAUUCCGUGUCCGCUGGAGUGUUCCAACACGUAGAAAACCUAUACCAAGGGCAACUGCCUGCGUCUACUUCACAUUCCAAGUCUCAAAGAUAAAACCAAAGUCCCAUCCAGUUGAAGUCUUUUACGUUUUUGAAACAAACAGAUUAGUUCACAGCGCAAAUGAAGACCAAAAACCUGGGGAAUCUAGAUUCCGAGAGAAGUGGCUCAAAGACGUUAUUGAGAGCAAAGUUUUGAUGAUGCAGGCAGUGGCAUUCUGAAGCAAAGGAUGAUAUAGACUUGAAAAUAUAUA